UAUGGGCUCAGGGAGAGAGUUGUGGGGUCUGACAUAAUUACAUCACUCAACAGGGUCACAGGACUGAAGCUACAGACAAACCAACCUGAUGUCUGGGCUGAGCUGAGAGCGUUGAGAGAUAUGAUGGUGAAGCAGAGAAUGAAGCUGAUGUACAUGGAGGCCAGAAUGACAGCCAGUGAGAGCCAGGUGGGCGAACUGAAGAGUGAGAACAACGUUUUAGCCAGACAGGUGGCCAGUGAGAGAGAGGCGAGAGGAGCUGAGCAUCACCAAUACUGAACUGCAGAGCCACAAGAACACGAUCGAUGGAUUGAAGAAAGAGAACAAAGCCUUAAUGGCUGCCGUUGAGAAGCAAAACAAAGCAAAACAAAGAUCAAGAGGCAGAGUUGUCUGCCAUGGGGGCCAGACUGAGUGCCAGUGA